AUGGAUCGCACGAAGUCUUCUCUAAAUUUAUGGAGGAAAGAUUCCUCUUCGGAAAUAAUUGACCAUGACAUCUCAAAAGGUUGUGAUAAUUUAAGUAAGGAACAAAAUCAUGCAUACACCUACACCAACAGUAGACAAGAACUUGCCGUGUCAGAUACAGUCGAGCGAGGAUCCGCCUCUACAGAAGGGCAUAAUCAGAAGCAUAAAUAUUGUGGGGUUUGCUGUCAGAGUUCUACAGUUCCAAUCCAAGUAGUCCAAGACUCAACGAAUGUCGAACCAGAUUACAGUAAAUUACAGUUACCUGAAAAAACUCAAAUUGGGUCAAAAAAUAGAGUAACAGGCAACUGGGAAAUAUCAAACUUAAAUAAUGACAAUAAUUUUACUGAUUGUAGUAAUAUGAGAGAUGCAGGUAUCCAAGGUAAUUCGAGCAAAUAUUUAGAGCUCAUCUCAAUCGCUAGAAGGUAUAUAGGAAGCUCAUCCAUUCUCGCCUCAAAAUACUCACCUGUUUUGGAAAUCACUUCACAAGAUGCACAUACGAUAGAGCAGAGUCAAAAAUUGGCGACUUCGUGGCCUACAUGGUGGGCCACUGGGGCAAGACAUUCACUAGUCAACAAGAAGGACUCAGAUAUCUGUGUCAGUCAAGUUAACUUAUCUUCUGAGAUAGAAAAUCUUCUAAGCUCAAAAUUUGAUGAGCCUCCAUGUUUUUCAUCUAUCAAAUCAAUUUCUUCCACUCCAUGGUUCUCAUGGUAUCCAGCACUAUUAUUGUCUAUAUUGAAACGUUACCUCGAAACGAAACCUCCCAAGGAGUUACCAGUUAUCAUUAAUUCAUCAAAUACACAAGUGCAGUGCCCAUCACCCCAUACUCGGGCAUCUCAGUCAAAUGGAAUCGAACAAGGAAUUUUAAUGCCAGGUAAGCCUAUAUCUUCGGAUGAUGCUAUAUUAGCAGGGUCGUUUGAAACUCCUAUAAAUGCAAAGAUAACGCGUUCGGAAAACAACUUGAUGAAACAUAUAAGCAAGUUAUCCAAGCAAGCAUUAUUUACUACUCGUGAUGACAUGAUAGAAAGCCCCAGGAGUGAAUUAAUUCAAGAGAGUUACUCAUCCGCCCAAACACAGCCUUUGAUCAAUAUUAACCCCCCUAACAUAUUGCUUCCUUCAUUGAGGAGUACGUACGGAAUAUAUGAGCCUCCAACAGUUAUUGAGAAGGUUUACCAAGUGCUACAUCUUAAGCCGCUUAAACCUGAUCGACGUGUAUUUCUGACUGAGGAUUAUCCUAUAUUGAAAAAAGCCGUUGCUAUUGGUAUCCAUGGAUUCUUUCCUGCUCCUCUACUACGUAUAGUAAUCGGGCAGCCUACUGGUACCUCUGUCCGAUUUGCUAAUCAUGCUUCCGAGGCAAUCCGAAGAUGGAUAAGUAAACAUAACGUCACUGAUUGUGAAAUUGAAAAAAUAGCACUCGAAGGUGAAGGAAAGAUUGCUGAUAGGGUUGAGAACCUGUGGAAAAUUUUACUACAAAGGAUUGAUCAACUGCGGAAAGCCGACUUAAUAUUCGUUGCUUGCCAUUCACAGGGUGUUCCUGUGGCCAUCAUGCUAGUCGCUAAAUUGAUCGAGUUUGGUGUGAUUGAUUUAGGCAGGAUAUCUGGAGUCUCACUUGGACCCUUCUCCGACCUGAAGUCUAGGCUAUUUACCGGUUCAGCUGGUGAGCUUUUUGAAUUCUCAGAUCCCGAUAGUCUAGUCUCGAAAAAUUAUGUCAGAUCUCUUCAUGUACUGGUAAAGUAUGGUGUGAGAGUCACAUUUUGUGGUUCCCUUGAUGAUCAGGUUGUUCCUAUCGAAUCCUCUGUUUUCUCAAAAGCCGAUCAUCCUUAUAUAAAUAGAGUGCUAUUUAUAGAUGCACGCCUACACACUCUCAUUCAUCUAAUCAGUUUUGCUCUGAAGCUUCGUAACCUUGGGGUAUCUGAUCACGGUCUGUUACGAGAACUAUCCACGCCCCUUGCUGGCAGCUUAUAUACCGGGGAGGGCCAUUCUCGAUUAUAUGACGAGGACAAGGUCUAUGACCAUGCAUUGGAGUUUUCACUUCAGACAACAUCUGUAGGAGAUUUCCCACUUGAAAUAAGGAAGUACGAGAUCUCUAGAACAGGUAACCCAUACAUACUGCCUUGGAUUAUGCGUGGUCUUUUAGAGGAGGAAAUUGUAAAAACUAAAUUUCACGAUGAAGUGAUAGAUCUCCUGAAAAUGUUUGACGACUGGAAACCUACCAGGAAAGCAUUAAAAGAUGUGAAAUUUAGGCUAGAAGCUAUCAAGUCAAAGCUUUGA